AUGACCGAAGCGGCGUCGACGCCUGGUCGUGCGGACAAGGACGACCCUACUGCUCCUGUAUGGACGAUACCCUCGCGAUCCGUGGUGACAAUCGAGUACCCAGGGUAUAUUCAAAGCUCCGUGGACUCGUUGCAUCGUGCGCUCGCCUCGCUAUCUCCUAUGGAUGGGCCAAUGCCAGGGAUCGCGAGUGCGUCGUAUGCACUGGCGCACAUAUCAUCACUGUUGCAACGAGGCAGCCGCAUUGUGGAAUGCCGUCUACCUUCGUGGGGCAAAGAGGAUCCGCUCGAUGUGUACAGACACCCGCUGCUGGGUGAUGUGGUCGAUGCAUCAUCGCUGGUCGUCCGUAUGCACCGCCAAGUAUGGAAACGCACUGUGAAGGGCGUGACUGAGUACCAUCGUCAGUACGCACUUGAACUGAUCGGUGCAUCAACGUGCACUAUACGUUUCCGUCGAAUGGCCGACUUUGCUUUUCGUCCUACGGCCCCUGCGGGACAGACGGAGCAUCCCACUAUGGCUCUGCAUCAAGCCUUGGUACGCAUGGAUGUGGAUGCCAUACGCGCUUAUCGCUUCCCUACCGAAUCGGAGACAUAUCAAGUGCCGGAUGUCCAGGGGACACUCACCAGCAACCUGGCCAUGCUUCCGCCCCCUUUCUUCAGCCGUCAAGAGCUACCUUUCCAUUAUGCUUAUCGCCAAAACCCCACUUCUAGCUUACAAACUGUGUCCUUGGCAGAGACAUCGAAACGUGCACGUCGUACCGCUCGUAAAGGCUCGUAUGAGUCGCAAGAUACCCCACUGCCACCAGUCACGACGACACGCUACAUCAACAGAGCGCGAUGGCGUAAUUUGGCUCCCAUUGCCAUCAAAUUUGGCGACACAGGUCCUGUACCAGCACAUGCGGAAGAUUCGUUGCUACAAAUGGCGCUGUCCGAUCGUCAAAAGACGCUCCUCAAGACAUUGCACAAGCACAUGGAUACUCGUCCUAUUUGGUCGCGACUCAGCUUGCUGAAUCAAUUCACUGUGGAAGAGGGCAAAAUGCUCAUGCAAAACAAGGAACUGUUUGCUAUGGCGGCUUACACUUUUGGCGAUGGGCCUUGGCGCGAUGCAUUGGUACGCUUCGGAUACGAUCCACGCACGGAUCCGGAUAGUCGGUGGUACCAACGCAUUCACCUGCGUGGAAAGACACCCCGUGCACCUUCUACACGCGGCACAUUUAAAGCUGAGUAUGGCCACGGCACUACACCAGCGGAAACGGGACCGGUACCCUUGCCACGCGCCGAGAAAGAAUUGCGGACGCCAUCGCAUGUAUUUGAUGGAAAGACACCGACAUUCUCCACUAGUACCUUCCAGCUAUGUGAUAUUACCGAUAUCAAUAUUGUCCCGCUCAUUCGAGCGGAAGGGCCGCAUCAUCUAUGUCCUCAGCCCAAUAUUUCUACAGGCUGGUACACAGCAUCGACAUGGGAAGCCCUGCGAUCCGCUGUCUCUACAAGUUUCCACACACUGUUGGCUUCCUCAUCGAGCGUAGCCGCUCCACGUUACGGGCCCAAAACUACGGAGAAACCCACAGGAGCUGACGAGCCGCCUAGUCAAUCGAGCGAUGACGACGACGAGGAGAGCAACUCGUCUGCCGAGAGCGAUGAGGGUGUGAGAUAA